AUCGAGGUGAGUGUGUGUUUGUGCGUGCGUGGGUGAUGCCGGCUGAGGCAGAUGGGCGUUUUCUGCUCGCAGUCGUCCAGCUGCAUGUAUAAUUCAUGAGUAUAUUCAGUCGCAUGAAGAGACCGAUUUGAAAGCCCUGCCCAGCAGGAAGACCUCUGAACCAAAAUAAAGGGGCUUGAUUGGAACUCAGUGGUUUUAGGUGUUGCAUUUUUCCACUUAAAGAUGAGCUCUGAGAUGAGGAGUACAGCGCAAGAGACCGAGACGAGAGCACACGCCCGGCAGGAUCUGAGAUCUCCUUAAACGCACGCUCACACAUUCACUUACACAUUCAUGCUGCUGGAUUAGAUGCGGCCAAAGUAACUGCAGCAGGACUUCUGGAUGAUUUAUGUUGGUUAUAUUGCUUUUAGGUGAGUGGAGUGUGUGCGACAGCUCUGGGAGUUUCAGUGUUCGUAUGAUUUGCCAUCUCUCUCUCUCACUCGCUCUCCUGCACAUGCUUUGCAGACCCACCCACAAUCUCUGUGGUUUUAUUCUGCUUCAGAAACCCACCUCACAUCAUUUCUUCUCAUCAUUGCGAAUGCUUGUCUCCUCCUCUGGUCCUGCUUGACCAUGUGCUAGUGAAAUAGUCUGCAGUCAGUGCACUGGGAGUGUCCAGCAAGGAGUGUCCGAGAGAAAACUGAGAAUCCUUGGAGUGUCCAGACAGAGAGAGAACAUACUAGGAGUGUCCGGAUAGAGAACUGGGAAUUCUUGGAGUGUCUGGAGAAAGAACUGGGAAUUCUGUGACCGCCUUGAGGAGGAGCGCUUUUGGGAGCGUCUGAAAAGAGUAGUGGUUAUGCUGGGGCCAAGUACUCAGGAUUGCAGUGCCUUGUCCUGCUUUGGCUGCUGGAAUGGGCAAAUGGCUGAGUCAGGCUACGGGUCUGAGAGCAGUCUCCGCCGCCAUGGUUCCCUACUGUCCCUCACCUCUGCCGCCAGUGGCCUCUCCACCACCUCCGCAUCCUCCUUCAAGAAGGGAUACAGUCUGCGUGAAAAGCUAGCAGAGAUGGAGACCUUCCGGGACAUUCUCUGCAGACAGGUGGACACUCUGCAGAGGUACUUUGACAACUGCGCAGACGCUGACUGUAAAGAUGAGCUUCACAGGGAUAAAGUAUCUGAUGAUGAGGAAAAUUUUCCAACCUUACGUCCAGAUUAUCUCAACAACAACAGCAGCAAAGAGAAACUAUUUCCUGUGGACAGCCUCAAAGCUCCCGUAGGCAUCGAUUUUAAGGGUGAAGCCAUCACGUUUAAAGCCACUACAGCAGGAAUCCUGUCCACACUGUCCCACUGCAUCGAUAUUUUGGUCAAACGAGAGGAGAGCUGGCAGAGACGACUCGAUAAGGAAAUUGAAAGGAGAAGACGGGCUGAAGACGCCUACAAAGCUGCAUUGACAGAGCUGAAGAAGAAGCCUCAUUAUGGAGGACCAGACUAUGAAGAAGGACCAAACAGUCUGAUCAAUGAAGAGGAGUUCUUUGAUGCUGUGGAAGCUGCAUUGGAUAAACAUGACCAGAUCGAAGUACAAUCCCAGGCAGAAAGAAGCAGGGUAUCUCGACAAAUCUCCCUCUCUCCAGACACCUAUUCCUCCAUCGGCACUCAGAAAUACUCAAAUAAGCCUCGCAGUCAUACUUCCUCCUUGUCCUCCUCCGUCGACCUCAUAAGUGCCUCAGAUGACGUGCACAGGUUCAGUGCUCAGGUUGAGGAGAUGGUGCACAGUCACAUGACUUAUUCUUUACAGGAUGUGGGUGGAGAUGCUAACUGGCAGCUGGUUAUUGAAGAAGGGGAUAUGAAGGUGUAUAGGAGAGAGGUGGAGGAGAACGGCAUCGUUCUGGAUCCUCUCAAAGCUACUCAUUCUGUCAGAGGAGUCACGGGGCACGAGGUCUGCCACUACUUUUGGGACACAGCUUAUCGGAACGAUUGGGAGACAACAAUUGACAGCUUUCAAGUGGUUGAGACGCUCUCGGAUAAAGCGGUCAUCAUUCAUCAGACACAUAAAAGAGUGUGGCCUGCCUCCCAGCGGGAUGUGCUUUAUGUAUCAGUUAUUCGUAAAAUUCUCUCCACCAAUGAGAAUGAUCCUGACACCUGGCUGGUGUGCAACUUCUCAGUGGAUCAUGACAGCUAUCCACCCUCUGCCAGAUGCAUUCGUGCCAAAAUCAACGUAGCCAUGAUUUGUCAAACACUAGUCAGCCCACCAGAGGGAGACAAAGACAUCACCAGGGAGAACAUCCUCUGUAAAAUCACAUAUGUAGCCAACGUAAAUCCUGGUGGUUGGGCCCCUGCAUCAGUCUUGCGAGCCGUAGCCAAGAGAGAAUACCCCAAAUUCCUCAAACGCUUCACCACAUAUGUUCAAGAGAAGACCAGCGAUGAGGCUAUCCUCUUCUGAAUAACACCAGGGUGUUUAAUCUACAUUCCCAGUUUGCUUUCUGACUCACCUGAAGAAACGCCUUAUUCACAAUGCUCUACCAUCACUCAUGACAAAGCACUGCUCUGCCCAAGUGCUCUUGACUCUUCAGAAACCUUUUUCAAACUGUAUCCAUACAGACUGAACAAAAGCGGUACACCAAUAUCUGUAAAAGACACACUAGAACAACCAACACAGUCUGUUCAUCUUCAAAAGGCCUUACUUGUUUUUUCAUAAUUGAGCCGCGGCUCAGGUUGUUAAAGUUUUUUUACAUUUUUGUAAAUAUUUGAUCAUAGUUUGAGUUUUGACUGUGGUCUUGAUGAAAUAUAUAUAUAUAUACUGUAAACUUGAUGCCUUGAUUUAUAUGAUUCUCACUGGCCAAUAGCCAUUUGUCUUAAGAAGACCCUUUCUGUCCUCAUGAUCAAGAGGAUGUCAGACUUCAGUCUCACAAUCUAUUGUACAGUUAGUGUAUGAAUGUUUAACAUUAUUUACAUGUGAAGGCAUUACACAUUUUUGAUUUUUGUAAUUUAUAAAUGUGGCUUUUGUCGAUGUGUAUGUGUAAUGGGAGCUGCUAAUAUUGAAAAGUAGAGGCUAUUUUGGUUGACCUGUAGAAAGGUAAGUGACUUGUAUAUGACCAUUAUUCCAAUUUUUUUUUUUUAAGUUUAGUUUUGUUUUUUUUGUUCUAAUUUUCAGAGGUUUCAUAAGUAAUUUCUGCAAGUAGGUGGUACUUUGAUGUACAAAUGUUUCAGCAGUUUAAUCGCUCCACUUUUCACAUGAAUUGGUUCAUUGUUACCUGUUGGUCUUCCAUCUACACAAUAUAUGUGGAAUUACUGCCAUUGCACAGUUUUCUGUCACUUUACUGUGAAUUAAUUCACUGUAUGGAAGAUUGAAUGAAUCUGGCACAUUUUCAGCUAUCAUUAGACUUAAAGGAGUAGUUUACCCCCAAAUUCUAAUCAUUUACUCACUCUCAUGUUGUUUCAAACCUGAAGAAAAUUUUUUAUUCUGUAGAACACAAAUAAGGUAUUUUGAGAAAUGUCUGUUUUCCCCCGUGCAUUGGUAACUAAAUCAGUUUGGUUACCAACAUACUUCAAAAUAUUUUCUUUUGGACGAACGAGUGUAAAUGAUUAUAUGUAAAUUUUGGGGCGUAAACUAUCUCUUUAAUAAAGGCUUCAAGUUAAUUUUUAUUUUUUAAGAGAAUCCAUUUAUUAAUUGAAUCUCACUAUUGUAAUGCGUUGGUUUUGUUUUUUGUGACGUGAGUAACAGUAUUUGCAUUUAACAAUAUGAUUUUUUUUUUUUUCUGUUUUAAAAGUCCAUCAUAUUUUGUUCCCAUACUAAUACUCCAGUUCCGAACGGCUGAUUUGAUGGAUGCAAAUGAUCGAAUCGUUGCAUAACCUGCCUGCCAUCAUAGAUUUGCUGCUGCAGUACAAGCACUUUUAUUUAGUUGGAUGGUGUGAAAGUCUUAGUUCAUGAAAGCAAGAAGAAACUAAGAAAGAAUACCUGACUAUUUUGAGAUUGAUUUGACCUUUCAGUUGAUUUGAGACAAAUGUUUUGUAAAUGACUUCUAUAUAUACUGUAUGUAGUAUCACCAAUUUAUUAAUGAAAUCAAAUUUUAUUAAACAAAAGCAAAACUUUCA